AUGAAGCCAUCAAAGCGCCUCGGGGCCUUCUUGGCCCUCAACUUGUCUCUGGUCCCAACUGUGCUGGCAGCCUCAAACUGCGAUCAAUUGUCCGGCAGUGUUUACACCGGAUACAACGGCUUUAAAUUCGACAUUCUAUGCGAUACUUCUACAAUCAAUGGAAACAUCUUUGCCUAUUAUUCUAACGGCGAUGAGUUUCAAGAUUGUGUAGACAGAUGCGAUUCUGUUCCCAUUUGUGCCGUUGCAUUGUAUUUAGCCGGCAGCGGUGACUGUGCUUUGAUCAACACUUAUCAAGGCACUAGGUCAUUUAAUGGUAACGAUGUUGCUAUGAAGAGACCACCGGAAAGUGCAACGACGACAUCUGCGGAGUUUACAUCAUCAGAGGCAUCAUCAACUGAGGUUCAAUCAACAUCAACAGAAGAUUUGACCACUGAGACUUCAUCUAUUGAGGCUACAACAACCGUGGUUUCCUCUACAGAGGUGUCAUCAGCUGAAGAGGUUUCGUCGACCGAGGUUUCGACAACAGAAGAUCCAUCCACAAUGAUUUCAUCCAUUGAGACCACAUCAUCAGAGGCUACUUCGGCAGAAGGUUCUUCGACUGAGGUUUUGUCGACAGAAGACUCGGCUACUGAGACUUCUACCAUUGAGGCUACGUCAUCAGAGCCUUCUUCGACAGAGACGUCAUCAAUAGAAGAGGCUUUACCGACAGAACCGUCAUCGAUAGAGACUUCCUCGGCAGAAGCUACAUCUACAACUGCAUCUGCUGCAACAACAUCGACAUCAUCAGAAGCUUCGUCAGAGUCUGCAUCAACUUCUCAAGAUUAUACUCUAGUUACUACUACCACAGACUCUCCCUACACUAGUACUGCUAGUAUCGAGACAUCAACCGAUGACUGCGACGAUGAGACGUCAAGCAUUGAGACCUCGACCGUUGGGGUAACAUCUACAGGAACAGGAUCCGAGAUACAGCCCACGACUCUACCCACCGAUAGCCUGAGUUCCCCUGCUACAACCAUUCAAACAUCAGAACUUUCGACUCUGGCCUCCUCUGAGGCUUCUGCUUCUACUUCAGAAGCGUCUUCUUCAACGACUGCGGAGACUCAGGCUGAGACUCAGAAUUCUGUAUCAACAUCUCUGCCAAGCUCUGUUACUAGCGAGGCCUUCUCUUCUUUGCCUACGUCUUCAAAGAAUACGGUGACCGAGACUCAUACAACCUACACCCAAGUUACUUCCUCUUCGGAUUCAUCUUCUAGAACCACAGAGCAUGGCUCUAAGACACUUUCAGCCUCUGGCGUCACUACCAUGAAGACAAACUCUGCAAGCGGUCUGGCGACACCUUACCCUACUUCUGACUGCGUCUGGACUGUUUACCUGACCAUGGUUGAGUAUGUCACUUGCAGCACAGGUGUAGUUCCCGAGACAGCAAUCACUACCACAUAUGUCACUGCUGAUGGCCACGGUGGAAACUAUAGACCUCCAGUGGUUACACUGCCUUCCGGUUGCAUUGGGGGUUAUCAGGUAGAUGCUAGCGGUCACAGCUAUCCUGUGGCGCAACCUACAAAGGGAUCAUACGGCAAUAUUCCUGACCACGGGUAUGACCAGCCGUCUGUUCGACCUACACCAGGAUCAUCAGGCAACUCUCAUCCUGGUUACGAUAAUGACAGGCCUCAUGUUCCUGCCCCAACUGCAGAGUCACAUGGGAACUCUGAGCCAGAGUACAGCAAUGAUCAGCCUACUGUCCCUCAGUCCACACAAGGAUCGCACGCCAACUAUCCUGACAACAAGUAUAGCCAACCCUCUGCUCCUGGCUACGUCUCACCAUCACAAGAAUCCAACAAGAACGAGCCUCAGCCAACUGGAAGUGAGGCUGCCAAAACAACUAUUCCCGCAUACGGACCUGGUGCCCCAGUGAAUUCUCCAGCGUCAUCGGCUGUUCAUCACGGACAUGUAGGUAACGCAACGACCUUCGCAAUCUGGACCACUGCCACAGAGGAGAGACAUGCACCCAGCGCUAGUUCAUCAACUCCUGAGGAGGCACCGUAUACACCAGUGAUUGCUUCAAGAGCAAGCAGACAUCAGGGCAUGGUUUGGACACUGAUCGCUGGAACCCUCAUCGCUCUGAUAAAUUAG